AUGUUCACCAACAACGUUCUUCUUGCCUUUGGGCUUGCUGCUUCUUCCGACGCUUUCUUUCGCAUGUCUUGCCCUGGACGAAAUGUCCGAGAGCGACUUAACCCUAUUGUCAGUCCUGGGGCUGUUUCUGGUCAUGUACACACCAUCUCAGGCGGAGCGGGCUUCAAAGCCUCCAUGACCUACGCAGAUACCCAAGCCUCGAAGUGUUCAUCAUGCACGAUCAAAGAGGACAUGUCCAACUACUGGACGCCCCAGCUAUAUGUCAAGUACAAAGACGGAUCAGGCUUUGCUCCAGUUCCUGUCAUGGGCGAUACAGACGAUAUCAACGGUGGCAUGACGGUUUACUACCUCCAACGUCGCGGAGACAAUCAGACAGAGAAACUUCACGCCUUUCCAGAGGGUUUCCGUAUGGUUGCUGGUGAUCCGUUCACUCGCACAUAUGAUGGUAGUCUUGCCGCACAAGGUAUUUCCUUCAACUGUCUCGGUGCAAACAAACCCGAAACCGACGGUCUGCGAGCCCAAGUCUUCUUUCCCCAGUGCUGGGACGGUGUGAAUCUCGAUUCUGUAGACCACAAGAGUCAUAUGAGCUACCCAGACGGCGACGUUUAUAACGGUGGUAAUUGUCCGUCUUCUCACCCUAUUCACACAGGGUCAAUCUUCUUCGAGCUUCUCUAUGAUACGGCUCUGUUCGCCGAUCAAUGGGUCGACGGGAAACACCCUUUUGUAUUCGCCCAAGGAGAUACGACUGGCUUUGGCUUCCAUGGUGACUUCUUCAACGGCUGGGAUGUCGAUGUGCUUCAGAAGGCGAUCGACACCUGCACAGACGACUCUGGUCAAGUUGAGAAAUGCGCUGCGGUCACAAUGUUCACCGACCAAGAGUGCAACGACUGCAAGCUACCAACAUCUGUCAAUGAGAAGAUUAGUGGAAAGCUCGCUGCACUACCCGGCUGCAACCCCGUUACCUCUGGCCCAGAUCGCGCGACAGCAGGAACUUGCUCUGGCACUUCACCAACUCUUGGCUCUGGCGGUUCUACCGAUUACAUCGACCUUACUGCAAUUCAGAACUACAUGUCAGUAGAGAUCUGUGUCGACUACUGCAACUCUCGCGGCUUCACCUACGCAGCACCCGAAAACGGCAACGAAUGCUUCUACAAUAACAGCCUCAAUCCCAAGUACGCACCCAAAGACGGCAUCAUGGGCUCCUGUUUCAAGCCUUGUGUAGGCAAUGCCAGCCAGAUCUGCGGAAAUGCAAACGCCAUGAGCAUCUAUCACAAGUGCUCUGGUACGUCGUGUAAGAACAACAAUAUUGGCGGGACUGCGCUAGCCCAGAGUAAGGCGGUGGUUCCUAAAUUGACUACUCCAUCUACUAUGGCUACGGUGGUCGUACCGACUAUUGCUACAUCUACCCCACCAAUGUAUAUGUAG